GGUCGUGGUUGUCUGUUGAACGGCUUGUGGAAGUUGUGCUGCCUUGGGUAGGGCGUUAAAAUCGUUCUUGAGAGGAACGUCUCUGUCCGAAGAGAAAAUGAGUUUAGCUCUGAGAAAUGAGCUAGUAGUAGACAAAACAAAGAGGAAAAAAAGAAGAGAACUCUCUGAAGAACAGAAACAAGAAAUUAAAGAUGCUUUUGAACUGUUUGACACAGACAAAGAUGAAGCAAUAGAUUAUCAUGAAUUAAAGGUGGCAAUGAGAGCCUUGGGGUUUGAUGUAAAAAAAGCUGAUGUGCUGAAGAUUCUUAAAGAUUAUGACAGAGAAGCCACAGGGAAAAUCACCUUUGAAGAUUUUAAUGAAGUUGUGACAGACUGGAUAUUGGAAAGAGAUCCACAUGAAGAAAUAUUAAAGGCAUUCAAACUAUUUGAUGAUGAUGAUUCAGGUAAAAUAAGCUUGAGGAAUUUGCGACGUGUUGCCAGAGAAUUGGGUGAAAACAUGAGUGAUGAAGAACUUCGGGCUAUGAUAGAAGAAUUUGAUAAAGAUGGUGAUGGAGAAAUAAAUCAAGAGGAGUUCAUUGCUAUUAUGACUGGUGACAUUUAAAGAAUUACAAGGAUAAACACUAAGAAUGUUGCUGUUAUCAUCUUAUAUUCUAUUUUUGUGCCUGGAGCCAUGUUAAAAAACAACAACAACAACAACAACAAAAAACUUAGUUCUUUUUUUCCAAAGGGACCAAAACUAAGUGUCUUAUGUAUUCAUAUUUUCCUAUUGUUAUGUUUCUUUGUAUGAGCAGUAGUGUUAGCACUCUAAUAGUUUAGCUUUGUAUUUAUAAUAUAGCUUUUAUAUAUAUAUAUAAAGUUUGAAAAAUUAAA